UACAGGAGAAAGUGGCAAAAGCACAUUCAUCAAACAAAUGAGAAUCAUCCAUGGUUCAGGAUACUCUGAUGAAGACAAAAGGGGUUUCACAAAAUUGGUGUAUCAGAAUAUAUUUACAGCGAUACAGGCUAUGAUCAGAGCUAUGGAUACGCUCAAAAUCCCAUACAAAUAUGAACACAAUAAGGGCCAUGCACAGUUAGUUCGAGAUGUUGAUGUAGAGAAGGUGUCAACAUUUGAGAAUCCCUACGUAGAUGCAAUAAAGAGUUUAUGGAAUGACCCUGGAAUCCAAGAGUGUUAUGAUAGACGACGGGAGUAUCAGCUAUCAGACUCAACUAAAUACUAUCUUAACGACUUGGACCGUAUAGCAGAUGCUGGCUAUCUGCCUACCCAACAAGAUGUGCUUAGAGUGCGAGUUCCAACAACAGGGAUCAUUGAAUAUCCAUUCGACUUACAAAGUGUCAUUUUCAGAAUGGUGGAUGUAGGAGGGCAACGAUCAGAGAGAAGAAAAUGGAUACAUUGUUUUGAAAAUGUCACAUCUAUCAUGUUUCUAGUAGCCCUUAGUGAAUAUGAUCAAGUACUUGUGGAGUCAGACAAUGAGAACCGAAUGGAGGAAAGCAAAGCACUCUUUAGGACAAUUAUCACAUAUCCAUGGUUCCAGAACUCUUCAGUCAUUUUGUUCUUAAAUAAAAAAGAUCUCCUAGAGGAGAAAAUUAUGUACUCCCAUCUAGUUGACUACUUUCCAGAGUAUGAUGGACCCCAGAGAGACGCACAAGCAGCACGGGAGUUCAUCUUGAAGAUGUUCGUAGACCUGAAUCCAGACAGUGACAAAAUUAUCUACUCCCACUUCACAUGCGCUACAGACACAGAGAAUAUUCGCUUCGUCUUUGCUGCUGUCAAGGACACUAUCCUACAGUUGAACCUGAAGGAAUACAACCUGGUCUAACUGUGCCUAUUAGGCUCCCUAAAAGCCCCUUUGGGUAAUUGAAGAUAUACAAGAGGGACUGUAUUACCUGUGAAAAUGAUUUGCAUAAUACUAAUUUAUUGCCGGCCUGGACUCUGUGAAUGUCCACAGAGUUUGUAGUUAAUAUUAUGAUUUUAUUUAAAGUAUAUGGAGGAAAAACAAGAGAUGCUGAAGUACAUUCACAGCACAUUUCCUCAUUUUUUAGGCAAAACCUUGUGACUUAAUGUGUUUUAAAUUUUCAGUCGUACACUCACAAAAGAUAGCAUUUUUUUGCUAUUGAAUCCAAUUCAAACUGGUUUCCUUUUUCUCCUCCCCUUUCCCUUCCCCCCCCCUUCCCCUUAUCUUUUUUAAAGGUACAAUGGCCUUUAUUCCCAGUUGGAUUCCUUGCUAAACUAUUUUUCUGUAGAGUGAUAAGGUCAGGAAAAUGCUAACAUCAGAAUUUAAGCCAUCAGUCAUUCUAAUUUUACAGUAUAUACUUCUAUUGAAGGAUCAUCAGUAUUAAAUACUGUGAUUUUGAAGUGCUUGACAUGGGUAUUUUUCAUACUGUCUUCACAUUUUGGGCUGUGAUACUAGGAUCACAAAGAGAAGUUGUAGAGAUGCCUGAAUUUGAACAUUAGCCAGAUCUUGGCAAUUCAGAAAGAAAUGCAGAAAACAGUUAUGAAAUUACAAAGACAUACAAUUAGGACACCUCUGAAAUAUGUUAGAAUUUUUUAAUUGCCAUGUGGCAUUUUUUUCUCUCUUUAUUCACAGAUGCCAAACAAAAAUGUCAUUCAUAGACACUACAUAUUUCCCAGGGGCUGCAGCCUGAAACAGUGUUGUUGCAUUUUUUUUCUAAGUUAGAGCUUUUAUAAAAUGUUUUGUCCACAAUUUAAAAAUGAUUUUUAUUGUGUAAAAUAAUUUCAUGUUGCCAAAUCUGGCUUUUAUGAAUCUAAUAAUCUUGAAGUGUAAGAUACUGAUCAAAAUGCCAAAUUAACUGAUUGGGAAUAGACCUGACGGAGACGACUGCCAAAUAAUAAACAAUUAGUUUCUGCUCAUGCAAUCCCUUUUUUAGAGAGUAUUCCAUUUUCAAUGCCAAAAUCAACAGUGUGAGUGAAAAGGCUACUAGGUGUAUCAUGCACAUACAUACAGUAAGGACAAUUUUACUCUAUCCUUGUGUCAAGAUGGCACGAGAGUGAAGACAAUAUUUUCUAGAAAAAUGUCAAGGCACCUUUAGUUACAGAAGCACCGAUGAGUAAUCAUAUUCAAUAUGGUUGCAUUAAACUGAUUAAAUGGAUGUUUGAUAGGGCAAAAUAGCCUCUCAUUGUACUUUAGAAAGAUUUAUUCAUGUAAAUGAAGUAGUGAAAAAUACUUUUGAAUUCUAAAUGUGCAAUUUUUUUUAACAACAACAAAAUAAGACAGCACACACAUUGAUGAGCCUUUAUUCUGCAGCUUGGGUUGAAAAGUUUUUUGUAACUAGUCAUAUGAUUGCUAACAAGCUACAGAGAACUUGGCGGUCAGACAUGUAAUUGGACUGAUUAUCUGCAAUGCCAAGUAGCACUUGAGUGCACUUACAGCAGAAAUUGCUGCUACAGAGCAGCAGAGGGGAGGUGGAAAAAAGAAUGACUUAUUAGUUAAGUACCAAAGUUAACAAUAAAUACUGAUGAGAUGUUUUUCCCUCAACCCCAAAACAACAAUAAUAAGAGCAGUUAGUUUUUUUUGCUCCCUCAUAAAACACCUUGUAAUUUAAAACUGGUUGUAGGUAUAGUGCAAUUAUGAAUGCUAUAAUCAUUGUACAUAUAUCCAUAUAUAUAUAAUAUAUAUUAUAUAUAUAUGGCAGCAUCCAUAUUGGCUUUGUAAUCAUUAAUUUUUUGGCAGAUUGAAUGUGCUGUAUUGAUAUGUAUCUAUGUAAUUGUAUUGUAUGUCUUAUAGCUAAUUCACAUUUUAAAUAAUGUUAUUUUAUUUACUUUUUUAAGAGAAAAGAAUGUAAAUUUUGUCAGUUUAUUUUGACUAGGGAUUUGUUGUUUUUUUUUAUUUACAAAACAAAAAACUUACUAUAGUACAGAGCGGUACUAGCAUCGUGCUGUAUAAAAUCAUUUGCACAUUCCUGAGUGGAGGUAAAUUGAAACAACACUCAAAGGUUUCACUUUCAAAACAAAUGUUUAAGUUUUGACAGGGCUUUAUUCAGAUGUAGAAACCAGGUUCGCUAAAAAAGCUAAUGCCACAUAUUGGAAUGUGAGUUUGGGGUAUAGAUAGAACUUUUAGUUGGCAAAUACGUAACAGGUUAGGCUUACCUCUCUGAUGGCCUUCGUUAGAAAAGUUAGAAAAAUUGUAAACCAUUGUACACAUGUACUAAUGGAUAUAUACCAUAGUUGCCCUAAGAAUACCGUGACAAAAUAUAGUAUUUUAAAGGUUAUGGAAACCAUAAAUGUAACAUAAAAGUAAUCAGUGUCGCAGUUUUAAUGAGUCAAGAUAUUUUAUUUAAUAAGGCUACAGCAGGUAGACGUAGGUUAUAAAAACGUGACACUGAAUCUCUAAACAGAUGAAGAGAACAGUUAGACUUGUUUAUAUAUGGCAUUGCAUUAUAAAAUUGGUCCUGAUUUUGCUAUAAACACAAUUACGUUUCUGUUUCCACUGUUGGCUCUGGGGUACAUGAUAAUAUCCCUUUUUGUAACCUGGGAAUACAUUGAUCACCCCAGAUUCAGUGAUAUAAACAGAGCUGUGGCAAGAGGAGGCCAAUGGAGAUUAAAGGAUUUUUGUUUUUGUUUUGUUGUGGGACAUUUUUGAGGGGAGGGUGGGAAAAGUUGGUUUUAAGUUUUGUAUAAAAAAAACAAAACAGAAGUUUACUCAUGCUUUAUAUAGUUAUAUUGUGAUUGCAAAAGUUUUCAAGAGUGUGUGCCACUGGGAUACUUCUACUAUAUUUUUGGUGAGUUGAACCUGUGGCAAAUGUUUAGAUCAUUUGAGCAUGUUCUGAAAAAAAAAAUCUUCAGUAUACCAAGGCAAGCUUUACAUCAGUCACCCAACACAGCAUUGCAGCGUGCCAGUUUACAAAAACAUAUUUUCCUUUUUUCAAUGACACAGCUGUUCCCACUUGCAAUAUAUGCCUUUGUUGAUUUUUUUUCCUGGUAAAUUGGUAGUUUCUACUAUGCCUUACAGUGCUUGCGUCCAAAAGUUUGUGCCUCUAUCAUGAAGCUGAGGGCAAGAACAACAAAACAAAAGCCCUUUUAACUUUGUCAAAACAAUGUGAUUCCAUUGAAUGUCAUAAAUGGGGGAGGAGGAAAAGAACCUCUUGGGAACCUGUGUGUACUUAGAUGUUCACUAGCACAAGAAAGCUGUAAUAUGUGUUUUACAAAAACCUUAAACUUGCCUUUUUCACAAAUUAACUGGCACUGUCCUGGUAUAUAUAGGAUAAUGCAGCUAUAAGGGCAGUUUACUUUUUAUAAUUCAGAGUAUUUUGAUUGUCAAGGUGUAUGAACUGUAAUUUUUAAUCAUACUGCCACAUGAUUGUGAAUCAUAAUUUUUAAGUUUGAAAGUGGAGAAGAGACUUUUUAUGCUGGAUAUCAGUCAGAAUUGACUGCAUGUUUUGCAAAAACUUUAAAUGGGGGGAAAAAGGGCUGCAUAUUAAGAUACUGCUAGACUCCUAGCCUUUGGUUGUAAGGUGCAAAUGACUUUCAGAUUUCUCACCCUAAUGACCCUUCCUUGGUUUGCAUUCUUCACAAAAGGAUGAAAUAAUAGGGAAAAAACAAAGAAAUGUUAACCCAUGUGAAAAAAAUAAAAAUUACCCAAAUAAUUUCCUAUAUGUGCUGCUGUUCUUGAACCUAUGUAAAGGUUCCCCUGCAUAAUAACUGCUACAUCUAUUUGUUUAAUGAUGUGUGCACAAUUGGCCAGAUUCCAUUUUACCUACUAGGUGCCUAAAUGUGAUUCUCUUCUGCCCUACCCAAGUCCUUGAAAAACAGUCAAUCAAAGGUCAGAUGGAUCUUCUUCCUGUUUCCUGCUUUCUGUGACUUAGUGUUAAGGCUAAGAUGAUGGACUGUCACAAAAGUCAGUGUGUUUAUGUUUUUUCAGGGAGUUAAGGAUCACAUUUUGGCACGUAAAUCCAUUUAGGCAUCUAAUAGGUAGAAUAGGAUCUGGCCCAAUAUGAUAACAUAGCUUACCAAAGACCUACCUCUAGUUCAGAAACCAAUUAUAUACUCAAUACAUGUCUUUGGAAUUUCAUUGUGUUGUCACCAUCAGACUAGAAAAUUAAAAGUGCUUGUUGCAUGUGGUUAACUGCUGUAUUUUGGAUAUUCAGAUGUUCACUUUUUUUAUAAAUACAAUCCCACUUUUUGACAUAAUCUAACAUUUUAUUUUAGUAUGCAUCAGUUAACUAAGGUCCUCUAUCUGAGUCCUGUUGUCAGAUCCAUAAUGCCUUUAAGGUCCUUAAAAGCUUAAGUCCAAAGCUUCUGUUUUCUUCUCCUUACCCUUGAUUUAUGAGUUACAUCAAUCAAAAAAAUAGCAUUUACAUGUAAUCAAAAAUACAUUAAGGGUCAUUGCUUUGCUGAAUACUAUAUCUUCCACAUAAGCUUUUUGCUCUGCGGGAAAAGAAAAGGUUAUUCAAGUUAAAUUAAUGGAAAGUAGUGAGAGAAAUACUAGAUAAAAUCAGCCAGGAAAACCUGUUUGGGAAUAAUUUUUUUCCUCAUAAAAUACUCAGCUACAGCCUGUCUCUAGACUCCUUAUUUACUAUGCUAAAGGAAGCCCUUAUUUGACUUGUAUAUUUAGGGGGGGUUGUCAGAUACAUUUUUAACUUGCAGUAUUUAAAAAAUAAAAAUCAUACUUGCUGUUCUUAAUGUCGUUCAAAUGCAUGUAUUGUCUAUUGUUUGGGGAUGGGAAAUAGUUUUUGAAAAAAAACUCAAGUUGUAUAAAUACUGCCCCCAAACGAUCUUGCUGGUUAAAAAUACAGUAUUUUUGGCCAUAA